UUUUAUUUAUUUAUUCUUAAUUUUCUAUUUAUCAUUCUUGCAUCAUCUAAAUUAAUGUUUCCAGCAAGCUAGUUACUUUGGAACUUGUCUUCAAAUUAAUAAACAUUUAAUUUCUUCCAGCUUGUGAAAUGGUUAUUAAACUUGGAUGACAAUAUUAAAAAUUAUUACAUAAUUAAUCAAAUAUUGUUAAUGCUGUGUAGCUGGUCCUGGUGCUAUAAGUAUGGUUAGGUAUAAAAAAAGGUACAUUGUUGUGGAGUUCCGUGACAGUCGGAAAAGCAACACAUUCCUUCAUUUAAAAGGGAAUCAUCCAAAAAAUGCAAUUGAUGAGGCCAUAUUUAAAACACAUGGUCAUUAUGGGAAAGUGGUGGUGCAACCAUUGAAAGUGAACUACCUUGGGUGCGAAUGUGGUCUGUUGAUGAUCAGGACGCCGUUGUCUGCAUAUAAGCUGCUGCUGUCUGCUCUUCCAACCAUCGAUUGUGUGUCUGGUGUUCCUGUUAAAGCUCGUGUCCUCAGAGUUGCUGCUUCACCAUCAGCCGCUUUCAAAUUCCUGAAGAGUUUCAAUGAAGACCUGCUGGCAACAUACCAGAAGAACCAAAAAAUAUACAGAGAGAUAAAAGAGGCCGCGUUCGACUCCUCUGAUGACGAGAUGGACGACGGAUGAUGAAAGAUAUGUAGUUUUUGUAACUUUCGCCGUGUCGUCUGUUGUUUUUAUUGCAGUCUUAGUCAGAUGUUAUACCGAGUAUAUGUUGCCAAUUUAC